UAUCUUGACAUGCCACGCAGCCAGCAUGAUGAGAUAGUAGGAAAGUUUGAUGAUGAUGAGGAGGCGAAACGAGAAUUGAUCACUACAUGGCUGGCCGGUCACCCCUGGCCUACCUGGGAACACGUUAGGAGCUACUGGAGGAUGGAGUUGGGGGUGAGGAGGGAAAGAGAGCAGCACGUGAGGUGGAGGAGACAUACCUCAAGAGUGAGUUAGUAAUCAUUACGUUUGUCAACAACAACAUCGAGUUUACAUUAUGAUUGUUGUAAUGACAUGAUUCGAAGGGUGAUAGUGAAGCCAGUGCUAUAUCUUUAGCUAAGCAUUGUUCAUUGGACACAUGCAGCUUCAGUGUACAAUGUACAUGAGCAUCUAUGUACCUACAUGUCUAGUGUUGGGUGUGGUUUGUGGUUUGUAACCAGAUGUACACGUAAUUUAGAUGUAACAAAGGUUUUACAGAAAGUGUGUGUGCCCUUUUAAUUUGUGAGUGCCUGAAAGGGGGACAUAUGCCCUCUCUCCAUCCUCUAUAUGAUGAAGUUCUUUUAAAGAUUGCUAUUGUACCUGCAGUGACUCCCGAGAAGGCCAAACAGAUCCUGGACGCUGCCCUCCAGGACGGCUCCUUCCCACUGGGCUUUCUGAAGUCCAUGGCAGUAGGAGUGGCUCGCUCGGGGAAGACGCUCUCCAAGAAUCACGUCUUCAAAAUCAAGUGCGACCCGAACUGCUCCGUUAGUACAGGAGUGUGUGAGGCUCCGAUCUUGGCCUUUCGACAGCUUACUUUGGAGCUGAUCAAAGCUUUGCCUUCUGCAGAGGGGUUCGAACUACUCAAGUACGAGGAUAUCAAUCAAUUUCUGGCUUACGUGGUUCGCAAGGGUUUGCUUAAAGGAAGGGUAGCGAAAGUGGUGAAAGAAAUGGUGCAGGCUGCUAGCGAAGGCUCCAGUUCAUCUGAUAGAAGUGAGGGUGUAGCUGCAAGUAGUGUAGGCACUGGUUCAGGUGAUAGUGCAGCCUCAACAGCUGUAGUCAGUGCAGUCUGCACUGCCAGCAAAGCCAGGGCGAGGCUGAAGCUAGAUAGUGAAGUGGUCCGAAAAGAAGAGCCACUGUUCAAGCUGCAGAUAAUCCUGUUCCUGGACAGCGGAGGACAGCCUCAAUUCCACGAGGUCGUUGCAGCCUUCAGUCACAACGUGUCCCUCGUCCUGGUCUUCAUCAAGCUCAACGAGCGUCUGGAUGCUCUGUGCACCAAUGCCUUCACCGACGAGGAAGGAAAGUGGUUUACGGAGCAAUGCCCCUCACUGCUCACCAACGAGCAGAUGGUGGUCCAGUUUGUCCACACCAUGAUGUGCAAGCCCGUGGCCGGCAGCGAAGGCAUGCACACCAGGUUCAUGGUGAUCGGCACUCACAGGGAUCUGAUGCACGAGUGCGACGAAACCCUGGAGCAGAAGAACGAGAGGCUGGCCAGCCUGUUUCGACCGGUUCCGGAGGAAAACCUGGUCAUGAAUGGCGACGACAUCAUCUUUGCCGUCAACGCCAAGAAUCCCGACGAGAAUGACGACAAAUGCUUCGAUCUGAUCCGCGAGAAAGUGGCGGACUUGAGCGGGGCCCUGGAUGUGGAUACCCCGAUAGCGUUCCUCGUGUUGCUGAACGACGUGAACAAGUACGCGGAAGAGCAGAGAAAGAAGGUAGUGAGCAUGGAGGAAUUCCAGGCCAUCGCUGGGAGGCUGAAGAUGGAGCGACAGAGUCUGGAGGCUGCCUUGGUUUUCUUCAACAAGAUGAGCGUGUGGAUGUACGUGCCGUCGGUCCUCCCUGGUGCGGUGUUUGUCGACCCUCAGAUGCCACUGGACAGCAUAAAUCGAAUCGUCCAGUACAGCUUCCGGGUGGGGGGUGGUGCGAUUGCAGGGCUGGCUGCGAGCGAGUGUCGACUGUGGAAGGAAGGGGUGGUGAGCAGCGAGAUGCUGAAGGGAGAGGAGUUCCGUGGUUGCUUCGUGAGGGGUCUGUUUGAGGCAGGCGAUGCUCUGAAGCUGUUCGAGAAGCUUUACAUUGUAGCUCCUCUGAACGAGAGGGAGUUCAUAAUGCCUGCCAUGCUCCAGACGGUGGCAGAGAAGGAUAUGGAGCGAUAUGUGCCUGCCCCCAGUGAGCACGUGUCCCCUCUCUUUCUCCACUUCCACAUGUCCCGCAUCGCUAAAGGUGUGUUCUGCUCCACCCAUACCUGCAUGCGCUCCAAGUAUGGGUGGACCACGGCUUACACCAUGGUAGAAAGUAAGAUAGUUCCUGCUUGUCUCUUCCGCAAUGCCGUGCGGUUGCAGCAUCCGACAAAAGCAGUUGAAAUUACUCUUCUCCAUGCUUUGAAGCAUUUCGAAGUUCAUCUCGAUGCAUCGCAGGCCGACCUGCCCAUCAUCUGUCCAGAAAUCCGUGACAUGCUCAUGGAUGCAGUGGAUAGUGCAGCGAGUGCUUUCCGCUUCAAGAAUUCGCGAGCCUCUGUAGCCUUCCAGUGCCCCUGCAGCCCAGACGACGUGCACACAGCCACUCCAAAUGAAGCCCACUCCAACCUCAUCUGCACACUGACGGGGAAGAACAUUCGAGGAGGCCUUACACCUGCUCAGAGGGUGUGGCUUGGACCACGAACUGCUCCAGUCGCCGAGUCAGCUACAACUUCUCUCUCGACUAGUGAACCUGUGUCGUCUCUCACUGACCCUCCCUCCCCGUCCUCUCCGUCUUCCAGAAUGGCUGAGACUAGCAGACUGCGGAGAUGGACACAGAAAGUACUAAGUUUGGUGUUCAUCCUCUUCCUCAACUACUCCUUCUCACCACAUCUCUCUGCACCUCCAUCAAGAAUGGGUAUGUUUUACACAAAGUUUCGUACAGUGAAUUACUAUGCAGCACAUUGUGGUAGUAGUGACAAUGACACAUGGUUCUAGUGACUGGUCACCACCACCAUAUCCCACUAGUGAGUCAGAGGGUUAUCCAUACAUAAUGUGGUGUACACUCAUAGUGAUAUGAUGUGUGGUUUUUGAAGCUGUUCCUCAUGUGUGUUCCCUGCAGUCCCCCAGUUGGUCAGUAGCUCACAGACGGGAGAGAGAGACACAACACGAGUGGAGCCACCUCUGCAGACAGCUCAUCUUCUCCUUCCUCCACACACCUCUCCUCUCCUCCAACCAGAAUGAAUGAAAGGCCGACACUUCCAGAGCUCCUCAGUUUCCCCACACACUCGGGAGCCAUUGACAUCACCAGUAAAGUUGGAAUGAAGUACAUGAAGUUGGGGACUCUGUUACUGGAGGACAACGAUGGGUCCAUCAUGCCAACCAUCGAAUUCGAAUGCACUGGAUGCAUACAGAUCACCAUCGAGGUAUUGAGUCGCUGGCUGAGGGGGAAAGGGAAGCAGCCGGUGACCUGGAGAACUCUGACGGACUCUCUCAAGUCCAUUGGUCUCUCUCCCCUGGCCUCCUCCAUUGAACACUCUCUCACCAGUAGUUCACGAUGAACUCCUGGUAUCUCCUUCCUUCCUCCACUCGUCACUCCAUCUCUUACUCCGUAUUUUGUAAGAUCACCCCAAUACCUUCUCCUCUAGUCUCCUCCUCCUCCUUUUGCAACACCAAUUACGUUCUUGUUUCAAUUUGUGACAGUCCUCUUCUGCUGUGUGUUUUUCAUAAUCUCUUUUUGGCACGCGUGACGUGAUCACAUUCUGUUUUACUCACUUCCUUCAUCUUAGUUUUUUUAUAACCUCUCUUUCUCUUCUCCUUCUCUCUCCCUCUCAUAUUUGUCCCCCUUUCUUUUCUUUUUGUAAGGGUGCACAGCAGCGAUUACGU